AUGUCUCAGAGGGGACAGGAUAGCAGUGCCACGUGCGAAAACGACAUGUCCACGUCGAAAAAUAACUCGCUGUUGCGCUUGAACCAGGAGAGUCGACGAGCCUCUGGCGACUGGCAGGAUCAGGAGACCGACUCCGAGAUCAGCGAGACCGAUUUUCUCACCAAGGGUGCUUUCCUGUUGACGCCGAGCCACGAGCUCAGCAUCGAGAAGGCCGCCACUAUAUGCGAGAAGAUGAACUUUCGUGGCGCGUUCUCCCUGACGAAGACGGCCACCGGUAUACUCUUCAAGUUCAGCAACAUCGACGAUUUUCAGGCGGUCUACAAAAAGGGCUUCCACAAAGUCACCGGGGCACGCUUCUACAAGAAGGUCGCCAUACCCUGCAGACCGGCGAAGACAUUCACCGUCUACGUUUUGGACGUACCUGAAGAAUUACCCGAAGAAGAUAUUAGACACGCUCUCUACAAGUAUCGGUCUAUAGCAUUCGCUUGGAACGUCCGCCAAUCGAAUUAAUUUCUCCAACCGCGUGCCCGCUGACCCGAUGUCUGCUUUGUGAAUUAGUGAAAGCGAUCAACGACAAGCUGAAAAGCGACGCUCACACCCAGAACGAGCCAGCGACGAUUUACACGGGGCCACCCGUUAUAAGGGUCACCCUGGCCAGCGUGGAAGAGACCUCGACGCUGCUCAGCCGUGGCCUGGAUUUUUAUGGGGCCACAUAUUUCCCCACCGAAACGCCCCAUCCGGCUGCUCAACCCCUGGCCAAAUACAAAAACAACAGAUGGCUCGAGUUGGCAGCCAUCGGUGCUGGACAAAGAGUCAGGGACCUACUUCCGGUCUUCGACAACGCGGGUUUCAACAAAUUACCACCCCCGGCCAGCCGGCUGAUAAAGCCGCAAAAAAACUGA